ACACUCCCACCCUGUCACAAUGGCGGCGGCCUCGUUGGCAGCGGUAGCGGCGAUGGCGAUGGUGGCGGCUCCUUCAGCAGCCUUCCAUGUCUCCCCAUGCUCUCUCUCCUCCUUCUUAGCCCUCAAGGCGAUCCAUCCUCGUCCUCACGGCUCCCUGCGCCACUCCAGCAUCGGGCCACAGCAGGGAAGUCCAGGGCCCAGGCGAUCCGCGAGCCCGAACAAUGGUGCUCGGGGGUUGCAGAGCUCGGAGAAGGGAGGAGCAGUGAAGAUUCUGAUUCCCAUCCUUGGCGUCGGCUUCGUUUUCGGAGGGCUCUUCCCACUCAUCAACAACGGACUCAACUAUGCCAAGUUGGAUUCCUCUAUCUCGGGUGCUGCGACUGGCCUGAAACAGAAAGAGAUCGACGAGAAGCUGAAGCGAGUGCCGGCCUUUGCCGUCACCGACGACCAGGGAACUCCGUAUGUCGCUGAGUACCAGGGCAAGAACAGAGGAUACUUCUUCCUCAACCCCAAGGAUGCGGAGAAGUUCAGGGAUAGAGUCAAGGAGCUGCAAACUCAGGGGAGCUCGGUCUCUGUUCGGACGACCACCCUAGAUGAGGCCAUCAAGUACAUCAAGUCAAAAGCGAACUCUGACCCAUUCGAGAUCUUGCCCUAUGGAGAGGAGAUUGAGAUCGCAAGGGGCAUCAAGAACCCAGAGAACUGCGACAUCUGCUGGGGUGCUGAGGGGGUAAAGGAGAAGAUUCCGGUGUACCUUGUGGAAGGACUGGGACUGCAGAAGGACAGCAAGGUCAUCACACCUCUGUUUUUCGACAAGGCAGGAGCAGAGAGCUUUUACAGGCAAGCGUCUAAGACCGGAGAGCCCAAGUUGCAGGUGUUGGAUCUCAGCGCUCUCAUAAAGAAGAUGAGGAAGGGCGGGAGCACCGAGUUCAGGAAGGUUGUUUUCUUCCCCAACAAGGACGCGAUUGAGUAUGCCACCGGAAAGCCAGCUCAGAUUCUAGCAAGCGAUGGCAAGAGCCCAUCAACCAUCUUCCCCCCUGAGAAGCCCUGAGCAGCGAGUGCAAGGAGGUCAAGAUAUUUCACUGCUAUUGCAACAACUAUGGUACAGAGCAA